AUGGAGGAUCACAGAAAACAGAUGCAACUUAAAGAAGCCCGAAAAGUUGGGCGUGCUCCUGCAGAAGUUGAUGAAGAUGGACAAGAAAUUAAUCCAUAUAUUCCUCAGUAUAUGUCAUCUGCUCCUUGUUGUGGAGCUAUGACUAACACAACCAAGACACGCAUGGAGAGGCCACGUAAGCUAGGGGCAAAAUGGACAAGUAAAAACAUAGCACCUAAUGAGAAAAUAGAGACUUUUCAGCUUGAUUAUGAUGGAAAAAGAGACAGGUGGAAUGGGUAUGAUCCAACAUCUUAUGCUCAUGUGAUUGAACGAUAUGAAGCUUGUGAUGAAGCUAGGAAGAAAUUCUUGAAAGAUCAACAAACUAAGAAGUUGGAGGAAAAGGGUAACACUCAAAAUGUGGAAGAAGCUGUUAGUGAUGAUGAAGAUAAUGAAGAAACUUCGGUCUUGGAGACCCUCUCAUAG